UUCAAAAAAUCAGAUAAACCCUAACAAUUUUCCCCCCAAAAUGUCGUACGGAAACUACUACAAUUACAUGGAUGACAUGGAAUUUCUUGAUUCAAUCAGCAAGCAUUUGCUCGAUGAAUUUCAGAACCCUCUAAUGUUCACCGCCGCCGACGACGGCGGCCUCCAUGACUUGCUAAUGUUAACCGGCGCCGUUCCAGCAGUUGUUGUGAAAACCGAGCCUAUCCCGGAAGUAACGGCGCAGCAAACGGAGAGAGUGGCGGCGAGGGGGAGCCAAUACAGAGGGGUGCGGCAGCGGCCGUGGGGGAAGUUCGCAGCGGAGAUAAGAGACCCGUCCAAGAAUGGGGCCCGCGUGUGGCUCGGGACGUACGAGACGGCCGAGGAUGCGGCGUUGGCGUACGAUCAAGCCGCGUACUCGAUGCGGGGAUCGAGGGCGCUGCUCAACUUCCCGCUGAGGAUUAACUCCGGGGAGCCGGCGCCGGUGAGGAUUGUGUCGAAGAGAUCGGCUGCUUCGCCUGAUCGGUCUUCGAAGUCGUCUUCCGACACUGGAUCUUCGCGGAAGCGGAAGACGGCGGCGGGUGGUGGUGUGAAAAAGGGGCGAGUUGAAGCCGGUUUACAAUAACGGCGGGAAUGUGGUCUAUUUGUUUAUUUUUCUUUACUACUUUUGUUGUCGUAUUUCUUCAACUUGCUUGUGUUAAUGAAAAGUAUUAUUCUUGUAGAAACAUGGUGAACACUUUGUGAUAUGAAAACGCAACCAACUUGUAUAGAUGCUUCAUGCUUACGAGAUUGAUGAUUUAGACCAUCCACAACGGGACUCGCCGGCGUCUCGCGUCUCGUCUCAGCGAGACGAGACCCCGGCGAGACGCGUUGCAGCCUCCAUCUCGUCCCGUCUCGUCGCGCGUCUCGUCGCGCGACUCGACUCGCCGAGCCAGGAGACGAGCUGGCUCGCCACGCGCCUCGGCGACGUGGCGCAGCCCGGCGUCGUGCGUGACGCCCACUCGCCGGCCCGCGAGUGGGCGUCGUCACGUGCUGACGCAAUAAAUAUUUUUUUUUAAAAAA